GAGGAGAGCUCGGGCGGUGGUCUGGUCACCCCCGCCCCGCAGGGAGCGGACGCAGCGCCUGCGGCCCCAGGCUGCUGCGAGGGCGCGCAUCCAGUAGUGCGGCGCAGCCAUGUCGGGCCCGGCGCGUGCGCGCCUCCACGCGCUUUAUCUUGUGCCCGUCGCGCUUCUUCUACUCUUAUGGAAUCCUAUUCCAGUUACAGCAGUUAUAUGCAAUCAGACAAUAUGCGACUGUACCGGACUGAAAGGUGACCGGGGAGAUUAUGGACCGCCCGGUAUACCUGGUCCACAAGGCGACUACGGUGAUGAUGGACCUGAAGGCCGAAUGGGUGUACCCGGAGAAUUUGGAGAUUUCGGUGAUCGCGGAGAUUAUGGUGACAAGGGAGAACGGGGAGUUGAUGGUCCAUACGGAUUAAGAGGUUCCCCAGGACCGCAGGGACCAGUAGGAUUAGGAGGAAUUAUAGGUUUACCAGGUCUAGACGGCUGCAGUGGUAUUGAUGGAAAUCCAGGACCUCCAGGAAUGCUUGGUCCACCUGGUGACCGAGGUUUACCCGGACCACAGGGCGACAAGGGUUUCCAAGGUUUAGCAGGUGAAGGUGGUGUUAACUCAAGAGGUGCCAAAGGCAUGCAAGGAGAACCAGGCAGGCCGGGAAUGAUAGGAGAGCGGGGGCCUCCAGGCUGGAGGGGAGAUAGUGGUUUACCUGGUGAAGAUGGUGAUCAGGGACCUUCAGGCUUAAAAGGCGAAUUGGGGUACAGAGGUGAACCUGGCGAGGAUGUUAUAGGCCCGCCAGGUGAAAAAGGCGAUCAAGGCGAAGUAGGUGAUCCAGGACGCUCCACUAUAUAUGGAAUUGAUCGAGUAUCACAAAAUAUAACUAUAAUUGCCAAAGGAAAUAUGGGAGACAAGGGGUAUAGAGGGCAACAAGGAGUUAAAGGAAUUAAAGGAACAAUCGGCUCACAGGGUGCUCCGGGAGUAUAUGGUGCAAAUGGGCCUCAAGGUUUUAAAGGAGAUCAAGGCAAUGAAGGUCCGCGUGGAAAACCUGGCCAUAGGGGUAAAGAUGGCCCCCCGGGACCUCGGGGCGAUAAAGGCGCUCCAGGAUACGCAGGAUUAGACGGGGAUAAUGGACUAGUUGGAUUAAGAGGUGAAGAUGGUAGAGAUGGAAAUCCUGGACCUCAAGGACCACCCGGUGAACCAGGACCAUUUGACGAAACUCUUAAUGAGCCUUUACUUCCUGGGCCAGUCGGAGAGCAAGGUCCUGAAGGAUUUCCAGGACCAAUUGGAGAACCUGGUUUGAAUGGCGAACCUGGUAUGCCGGGUAUAAUGGGGAAACAUGGGUUACCAGGUCACAAAGGUUUCCCUGGGAGACAAGGGAACCCUGGUAUUUCCCCAAAAGGGGAACAAGGAAGUGAUGGUUUUAAAGGUUUACCUGGUUUUCGUGGACUCUCGGGCUAUCCGGGUGAAGUAGGACCGAUGGGACCAAAAGGAUUCAAAGGUGCUACUGUGAGAGGGCCACCAGGUGAAGAAGGAUUUUUUGGCAUGGAUGGCAUACCUGGCAUGCGAGGAGAUCGUGGUGAACAAGGUACCACGGGGCCGCCUGGUUUUCCUGGCCGUGGUGUUCAUGGAGUAGGGCCACCUGGUCCUCCUGGUACCCCAGGGCGCCCCGGUAGACCCGGUGAUACGGGCUUUGCAGGAAUGCCAGGUCUUCCAGGUUCAAAAGGAAUUCAAGGAGAUGAUUGUCCGUAUUGCCCAUCAGGAAACCCUGGCCCUAAAGGACAAAGAGGUGAUGAUGGUUUCCCGGGUCAAAAAGGUUACAUAGGUUAUGAAGGCUUGCCAGGUCCACGGGGUUCGAAAGGAAUCUCUGGAUCUCCUGGUAUACCUGGGCCUAAGGGACCGAAGGGUAACAAGGGAAGUCCCGGUAUGGGCGGACCUCAAGGCGCUAAAGGGGCGAAAGGACACCUAAUCGAGCCCCCAAAAUCCCUAACAAUAGCAGAUGUUGGUCCACCAGGAGACUCAGGAUUCAUGGGUGAUAUCGGAUUGCCGGGAGAUCCGGGAUAUCCAGGCAGUGCUGGCAAUUUUGGCCUGAAGGGUAAAGAGGGCAUGCGGGGAGACGACGGUUCCCAAGGAUUUCCUGGUAGAAACGGGACUAGAGGGCGCGACGGGCAGCCUGGUUGGCCAGGAGCUCCAGCUGAUUUCUAUAAUAUGCCUUUUGUACUUCAAGGCCAAAAGGGUGAACCAGGUUUAAAAGGCGAAUUAGGAGAACCUGGUAUAAAUGGUUCUCCAGGAGAAGUUGGCGAGUCUUCUGAAAAUUUAUAUUCAAAAGGUGCAAAAGGAUUUCCUGGAAUCCCAGGAAUCAAAGGUAUACGAGGGAGGAAGGGAGAACGGGGGGAACUCGGAGUAGAUGGUUAUGAGGGUCAACCAGGUGAUCAAGGAUUUAGAGGAAAAUCAGUAGCUGGUCCUAUAGGCUUCAAGGGAUAUCCUGGUCAAAGAGGUGACACGGGUCCUUUCGGUGAACCAGGAGACGACGGACAACAGGGACCCGUAGGAUUUCCAGGGAGAAAAGGAUACAAAGGCUCUCGUGGAGACAUAGCUUCUACCGCUUUACCUGGCGAGAAGGGUGAACCUGGACUAGCCGGGAUGAAAGGAUAUACUGGUGAACCAGGCUACCCUGGCUCUUCUGGACGGCCUGGCGCUUUAGGAAUGAAAGGACUGCCAGGUCCUCCGGGAGAAAUAGGACCUGAUGGACCAAUGGGACCAAGGGGUAGAAAAGGGUUCCCAGGUGUCUUUGUACAAGGCGCACCAGGUCUACCGGGUCGACCGGGACUGCCUGGGUUAAUGGGGCAGAUAGGUGAUCAAGGUUUACAAGGACCUAAUGGCUUACAAGGUGAUACAGGUGUCAAAGGAAUGAAGGGAGAGGCAGGUCGAAUGGGAUAUCGUGGUUUGGAUGGAGAAAAGGGAGCUCCAGGUUUGAAAGGUUUCCCUGGACGUAUGGGUAGGCCUGGACUAAACGGAGUGUCUGGGGAUCGUGGAGAAACUGGUGCUCCUGGAUAUAAUGGAGAACCGGGAAGUAUGGGUCCAAAGGGAUCUGAAGGUAUAAAAGGCCCGAGGGGUGAUAUAGGCCUUCCUGGAACUCCUGGCGAAGAAGGUAAAAUUGGAAGGAAAGGUGACAUGGGUGAUAUCGGAUUCACGGGGCUUAAAGGAAUUAGAGGUGAAAAUGCACUCAAUGGAAUGAAGGGUGAUAAAGGUGAACGUGGAUAUGAGGGCAUAGAAGGAACACCAGGAUUAAACGGCAUAAAAGGUGACAAAGGAGAAGAGGGAGACAUAGGCUUAAGCAUAGAAGGCAAGCCGGGGAGCAAAGGUGAUAAAGGCAAUUCAGGUUUCCCAGGAAGACCGGGCAUGCCUGGACUUCAAGGACAAAUUGGCGAUAUUGGUUACCCUGGAAUUAUCGGUCAAUCCGGUGAUAAAGGAUUCCAAGGGGUACCUGGCUAUCCCGGAAGACGGGGUAAUGAUGGACCCAAGGGACAAAAAGGUAUUCCUGGCAUCACGGGCAAAAAAGGUUUUAUAGGUGAUCGCGGUGAAGCAGGUAUCCCAGGAAUAAUGGGCUUUUCUGGUCUUCCUGGAGACCAAGGAUUACCUGGACGGGAGGGACCUCGAGGACUGUUAGGAGAUAAAGGAGACGUAGGAGAUAUUGGUAUUACUAAUUACUUACCGGCAACUAAAGGCGAUAGGGGCGAGAGAGGAAUGGAAGGUUUCAGAGGCGAAACCGGAGACUACGGGGACUCCGGUUCUAUGGGACCCAAAGGUUUCAAAGGACCACAAGGAGACAUAGGCAGUCCAGGAAUUUUCGGAGCAACAGGCUUCCCUGGUCCCAAAGGUAUGAGAGGCAACCCUGGACCUCCUGGUAUCCCAGGCGAACCGGGUCCAAUUGAACAAGGUGCGCCGGGUACACCUGGAAUAGAUGGUCUCCCUGGAUGGAUAGGACCUAUGGGCCAGAAAGGAGCACCUGGUGAAUAUGGAACCGAUGGACCUAAAGGUCUACAAGGCCCACCGGGUCUUAGUUUCCAGGGAGCUAAGGGCGACAAUGGGCAAGAUGGUUACCCAGGAAUUCCUGGAGAACAAGGUAUGCGUGGAUUCCAAGGUAUGCAGGGCGAAACUGGACCACAAGGCUUUAUGGGAGAUGAUGGGGAACCAGGUAUGUCAAUCAGCCCUAAAGGAGCCAGAGGAGAACAAGGUUGGCAGGGCAAUAUGGGUUUAAAAGGUGCCCAAGGAGACGCUGGAGAUUUUGGCGAUAAUGGUUUACCAGGUUUAGUAGGAUUAAAAGGCGAGGACGGUGACAUGGGUCAAGAAGGAGAAACAGGCUACAAGGGACCACAGGGUUUUAAAGGACUUAAAGGUGAUAAAGGAGAAGGCCCUAGACCCUAUGAAAUUAUACGCGGUCCACCAGGCGAAGAAGGACAACCAGGUUUUGAGGGACAACCUGGACCAAACGGAUUGCCGGGCCCCAUGGGUCUUAUAGGUAUAACGGGCGAAAAAGGUGAAACGGGCGAUAUCGGUUUUCCAGGGCCAAUAGGAGCAGUAGGUCUGCAGGGAUUACAAGGAAUAAGAGGUGUUAGGGGACAAAAAGGUUAUGAAGGCUUAAAGGGAGCAAAAGGUUUUCCUGGAAUGCCAGCUCCGCCUCCCCCUGUUCCUAAAUCACGAGGAUUUUAUUUCACAGUUCAUUCACAAACAAGAAUGAUACCCCAAUGUCCUGCGGGAACAUCACCACUUUGGGAAGGAUUUUCAUUAAUACACAUCGUAGGAAACUCUCAAGGCCAUGGACAGGACUUAGGUGCACCGGGCAGUUGUUUACGUAAGUUUACAACAAUGCCAUACUUAUUCUGUAAUUUCAACGAUAUUUGCGAAUUUGCUCAACGUGAGGAUUAUAGCUUUUGGCUUUCAACACCGGAACCAAUGCCUAUGACUAUGACGCCAAUACUAGCCAGAGAUGUGGGCAACUAUAUAUCAAGAUGUAUGGUUUGUGAAGCACCUACGCGCACGAUUGCAAUCCAUAGUCAAAGCAGUGUAGUCCCUACUUGUCCAAAUGGAUGGGAAGAGUUAUGGAUAGGUUACAGCUUUGUAAUGCACACCGCAGGUGUGGACGUUUCUGGACAGAGUCUCAUAUCACCCGGGUCGUGUUUGCGGGAGUUCCGUACGAGUCCGUUUAUCGAAUGCAAUGGACUUGGCCGUUGUAAUUACUUCGCCACUGCCAUUUCGUAUUGGUUAUCGACUAUUGAUGAUAAUAGAAUGUUCCAGACACCUGUACAGCAAACUCUUAAGGCUGACCAAGUAUCCAAAGUCAGCAGGUGCGCAGUUUGUAUGAGGAGGUGGGUGGGUCAACGGUCCAGCUCUACGUACCCGGGAGGCAACGUUAACUCCGUGCCUAAGGCAGUGCAGCGCAGGCCGACGGUGUACCGUAGACCAAACUACCAUAGUGGAUACCCUGGAUAUCCUCGUCGCUAUCGAGUAGUGCGCGGAAGGCGCACACGACCACCAGUAACGAAAUCGUCACCAGUGUCAUAUGUGUGAUCGUCGCUACAAGAUAUAUUUCUUACCGCUGUCUUAACGUGUUGAAGCUGAUCAGCUGCUCGAAAAUUAAUUAUUCACACCUUCAUUGGGUACCUAUAUUAUAACUUAUAACGUUAGGUUUCUCACUGCCAUUUCUAUCAAUUACCGAUAUAAUAAGUUAUUAAAUAUCGUAUAAUAUAAUAAUUUAGAAAAAAGCUUAUCAACUUAUUGCAAAUAAAUAUGAUCAUUUUCAAUCAUUCGUAAGAUAAUAGCGAUAAAAUUAUGUACCUUAAUAUUCAGUAGGUAUUAUUCAUUUCUUUAUAAUGAUUUUAUUAAGUACCUAAUACGAAUGUGUGGAAAGAAAUUCGCUACUAUCACUAUUUUUAUAAAUCAUAUUGAGUAGCAUCCAGUAGAGCAAAUACUGAGCGAUCACCUAGUCCAUUGAAAAAAAAAUAAGACCAAUCGUUUUAUUAUCAUUAUAGUCAGAUAGAUAAGUACAUAAUUUUGUAAAUAAGUAGCUGCUUGUAUGAAUUAUAAUAAAUUUCGAUGGAAAAUUAAA